AUGUAUGAUCAACACAAAAUAGAGUACUCGAAAAUAAUGGAGACAAUAUUUUACGCGUUCCUGUAUUUCUGCGUUUUCCACGAAGCGUGCUCGAUGGAACGAGCGACGUUUUCAAUUUUGACGACGACACAGAUCGGCGAAAGUACAACGGGAAAGGACGAGGAGGAAAUCGGAACUGUGCCUCUGACGGAACAGGUUAUAGAUCCUAAUAUAAGAACAACUAAUGUGCCCGACGUAGAAGAACCGAGCGACGACUGGGACGCUGAAUGGGACAAGAACAAAGUGAUUCGAGACGUUGCCUAUUAUAUUAGAGCGCACAAGUUUCAAGACUACGAUCGUAGGUACUACAAGAGACCCGAAGACUCGCAAAGCAGGUUUUACGAAGAAUUCCCGAAACCUCCUUUGAGGUCCUUGCACUGGGAAGUGCGCAAAUACUGUGACUCGAGUUUCGUCGAGUGUCUAAAAUAUCUCGAAGGUGUGAUUAAAGAGACUGCCUUCAGGCGAGAAGACGACACUGUCACGAUCAUGAAAGAACAAAAGUGGAACCUUGCGGACAAUACCAAGCAGAUCCAAGCCGCUCAAAGGGACUGUCAGGCGGCUCAGAAGCGUGACGAACUAACCGUGCUUCCCUUCCAAGGUCCAAUAGAACGAUUCCAGUGGCGGACCACCGUGAGUUAUUACAUGUGUUGGUACACGAUGCUCGGAGUUCCAGAGUUAAGCAUCUUCGGCGAGGACUGUGACAACUAUGCCAACUGUCAGGUGGAACAGGAAGGCGGAAACGGUGAUCCGCGAGCCGAUGAUACGAGUCCAUAUGCCUGUGCCCUUUAUAGUUUCUGUCCGGAUCACUGUUGUCCCAUGAAACACAUCCGGGAUAUGACAGAUUGCUAUCAAUCGCCGCUCAAUCCUUGUUACGCCGCGAAUCCACCGGGUCACAGAACGUGCACAUUGAACAGGCAAGAAAAUCAGGAUUUCUUCAGCUUGGUAGGAAACCAGAUAAACAUCAGCUGUAACUGUCUCGAAUCUGGCUACGAAUGGUCCUCGAGAUUUGGACUCUGCGUGGACGUGAACGAGUGCAUCAGAGGAGAGCACGGUUGCUCCACAGACGACGGAGAAACGUGCAUGAAUAUGCCAGGUGGCUACGAAUGUGUCUGCAAAAUCGGCUACAUUUACGAUUCGGAGCGAAGAGAGUGCAUUUUUAGCUCCGCCGUUCAUGAAAUAUUGGCUGGCGAGAAAGGCGAGACGAACGACUCGGAAACGAAGAGUAUCCUGGAGACGAUCGUUAAAGCCAUUACGAGAUCGAGUGACAGUUGUUUGAAAAUCGAUUAUUUCGUCCUUUCUGCUUCCACGUUCCUGCAUUUUGUAGCGGUAGCAAAAAUAUUGCGAUGA